ACCUGGACCCUCAGCUCGGCGACCUCUGUAUUUCUGAGAAGUGCGAACAUUGAUUGUGUAUCGGCCCUUGUCCUCCUGGAGCUGUGUGUGUUGGAGAGGCCAGGUAGGGCACGAGGUUGGCGGAUAUAGGACCGGUGGCUGGUCGGCAGUAUCGCUCCGCGGACCCCAUCUCCUCAGACUGUUUUGGUCUUUGCUCGCCUGUGGCAACAGCGGACACUUCACUCGCUCUCCCCCCGGCCUCCCAGAGCACUCCCAGCCCCCGGCUGCCGCUCGGUACCAGGCCCAGAGCUGUGUACUUGGCGUUUUAUAAGAGAAGAAGAGAAUACCUUGUUUUGACUUAAUUUUUAAAAUCUUAGAGCAAAGUCUCUAUAUUUUUUUUUUUUUUCCUUCAUUUUUUUUUUUUUUUUUUUUAACUAUUGGGUUCGUCAGUGGCUGUGAAUUGUGGUGGUUUAUGGGACCGUCAUGUCCAUGAAGCAGGCCGGUAAUAACCGAAAGCCCAGUGGGGGCAGCGUCCCGGCGGCUGGAGGAGGUAGACAGAGCAUGGGCAGGGGACGAAGCAGUGGCAAAGGGCCUCUUCAAUCUAUUUCAUUUGAUGGGAUCUAUGCAAACAUGCGGCUGGUCCAUGUUCUAACGUCAGUAGUUGGUUCAAAAUGUGAAGUUCACGUAAAAAAUGGCAAUGUGUAUGAAGGAGUUUUCAAAACUUACAGCCCUAAGUGCGAUUUGGUGCUUGAUGCCGCUCAUAAGAAAAUAUCCGACUCUGUGGGGCCAAAACGUGAAGAAAUUGUAGAUAGUAUAUUGUUCAAGUCUUCUGACUUUGUUAUGGUGCAAUUUAAAGAUAUGGACAUAAAUUAUGCAAGAAGAGUUCCUUCAGAAUCAGAUGGCUUUACAGAUUCUGGCAUCUCAUCCAAACUCAACGGAGAACAUAAAGAAAAAGAUCUCGAGCCGUGGGAUGGUGGCGAUGGUGUUAUUACUACUAGCAGUGUGACGAGUACCAGUGAGGAAAUGGAACUUUUGGAGUCUGAUGUGUCCAAUGGAUGGGAUCCAAAUGAGAUGUUUCGCUAUAAUGAAGAAAACUACGGUGUCGUAUCAACUUAUGACAGUAGUCUCUCCUCCUACACUGUACCUUUGGAGAGGGAUAACUCUGAGGAGUUUUUAAAGAGGGAAGCAAGAGCAGCUCAAAUAGCUGAAGAGAUUGAGUCAAGUUCCCAGUACAAAGCACGUGUUGCCUUGGAAAACGAUGAACGGUCAGAAGAGGACAAGUACACAGCUGUUCAGCGAAACACAAGUGAUAGAGAAGGACACACUGUGACAAAUAGAGAGAAAUAUAUUCCCCCCAGCCAGCGAAAUAAGGACGGGCUGUCAUGGAGUAGCCACAGUGGCAGGCAGAGUUCUCCAAGGAUGAGCCAAAGUGGGGCCAUUCAAACCUCGCGAACAAACUCUCAUUCCUCUGAUUUUAGUCCCAGUUCUGGACCUGACCAAAGAGUUGUAAAUGGAGGUGUUUCCUGGCCAUCGCCUUGUCCAUCUCCUUCCUCCCGCCCACCUUCUCGCUACCAGUCAGGUCCUAGCUCUCUUCCACCUCGGGCAGCCACCCCUACAAGGCCGCCCUCCAGACCCCCUUCGCGGCCAUCCAGGCCCCCGUCUCACCCCUCUGCUCAUGGUUCUCCAGCUCCUGUCUCUACUAUGCCUAAACGCAUGUCUUCAGAAGGACCUCCGAGGAUGUCUCCAAAGGCUCAAAGGCACCCUCGCACACACAGAGUUUCUAAUGGUAGGAGUUCUAUAUGUGGUGGAUUAGAAUUUGUGUCUCGCAAUGAACCUGGAGAAAUUUCUGUGCCGCCUGUGGCUCGAAACAGUUCCGGUGGAACGUGGUCUUCUGUCGUCAGUGGAGUUCAACGUCUGUCCCCCAAGACGCAUAGGCCCAGAUCUCCCCGGCAAGGUAGCAUGGGAAGCGGUGGCCCAGGUCCUGCAUUGAAUUCUCCCCAGCCCGGUACUGUUCCUCCAGAAUCUGUUACCAUGCCAGCACCCGCAGCAUCUCCAACACUUGCCAGUCCUGCAUCCAACAGGGCAGUUACUCCAUCCUGUGAAGCAAAGGAUUCAAGGUUGCAAGACCAGAGGCAAAAUGCUCCUGCUGGCGCUAAAGAAACUAUUAAACAAAGUGAACCUUCAACAUUUCACAAACCUGAGAGCAAGGUAGUGUCACCUGAACAAAGAAAACAACUUGAUGACCUGAAGAGAUUCAGGAACGAUUUUAGACUCCAGCCGAGUUCUAGUCCUGAUCCUAUGGAUCAGCUUCUUUCCAAAAAUCGUGAUGGUGGGGAGAAAGCUAGAGAGCUUAUAAAGGAGAAAGUUGACUCUGUAGCCAAGGAAUCCCCAAGUGAUAGUGGCAGCAAUGCCCCUACUAGCAAUAGUAGUAGUAAACCUAGUAGUCCUAGUGUCUCACCUUCUAUUAGCAGCAGCAGCAGUUCAGACCACAAAAGAGGUCUUGAAGUAACCUCUCAAGGUGUUCAGACCUCUGCUCCAGGAAAACAAGAACGUGAAGACAAAGAGGACAAAAAAGAAAAUGCUGCAGAGCAAGUGCGAAAAUCCACCCUAAAUCCUAAUGCAAAGGAGUUUAAUCCACGCUCGUACGCUCAGCCCAAGCCUUCGACAACACCAACAUCACCUCGGCCACAAGCGCAACCCAGUCCCUCAAUGGUGGGACACCAGCAGCCAACCCCUGUGUAUACACAACCAGUUUGUUUUGCACCAAAUAUGAUGUACCCAGUUCCUGUUAGCCCUGGGGUGCAGCCAUUGUAUUCAAUUCCGAUGACGACCAUGCCAGUGAACCAGGCCAAAACUUACAGAGCAGGUAAAGUUCCAAAUAUGCCCCAGCAAAGGCAAGAUCAACAUCACCAGAACACAAUGAUGCAUCCAGUGUCUGCAGCUGGACCCCCAAUAGUAACGUCACCUGCCUACUCUGCGCAGUAUGUGACUUACAGCCCUCAGCAAUUUCCGAAUCAGCCACUCAUGCAACACGUUCAACAUUAUCAAUCGCAGCCUCCACAUAUGUAUGGCCAAGUUAUACAAGGGGGUACCAGAAUGAUUCCACCACCAACGCAUGCACAGGCUGGCUUGGUAUCCUCAUCUGCUACACAGUAUGGAGCCCCGGAGCAAACACAUGCUAUGUAUGCAUGUCCCAAAAUACCCAACAACAAGGAGACAGCCCCUUCUUUCUACUUUGCCAUUUCUACCAGCUCACUGGCACAGCAGUAUGCUCAUCCUAGUGCUGCUCUACAUCCACAUCCACCUCACCCACAGCCUUCAGCUACUCCCACUGGCCAACAACAGAACCAACAUGGUGGCAGUCACGCAGCCCCAAGCCCUGUACAACACCAUCAGCAUCAAGCUGCACAGGCUCUCCAUUUAGCAAGUCAACAGCAGCAAUCUGCAAUAUACCAUGCUGGACUGGCACCCACACCACCUUCUAUGACCCCUGGGUCCAAUGCCCAGUCACCACAGAACAGUUUCCCAACUCAACAGACUGUAUUUGCACUCCAUCCCUCGCACGUGCAGCCUGCCUACACAAACCCACCACACAUGGCUCACGUUCAACAGGCUCAUGUGCAAUCAGGAAUGGUUCCAUCACACCCAUCUGCUCAUCCAAUGAUGCUUAUGACUGCACAGCCACCAGGGGGCCCUCAGGCUGCUCUGGCUCAAAGUGGUUUACAGCCCAUUCCCGUGUCUACAACUGCACAUUUUCCCUAUAUGACCCAUGCUCCAGUGCAAGCACAUCACCAACAGCAGCUGUGAAUCUGGAGUGUGAUCAGUGAAAAGGCUGGAACCCUUUUAUAGGCCAAAAACUUCCCACAUGCUUCCUUCCUGGAAGCAUUGUCAUCUAGAAUCUCAUUUUUGUUUAAAAUAAAUCUUGAUUUCUUUUAACAUCCGAUAGGAAUGCUAACUGAUCAUCUUGCAGUGGGAAAGAUUUGGACUGUGUAGAGGCAUGUAGGAGCUUGCAGGCUACCCUGUGCGCUGCAUCAGUCCUCCUAAAGCCCCAACCUUUGCUUGCUGAUAACUGGAAGUUAUUUAUUUUUAAAGUCCCUUCUAAGUUAUGAACUCAUCAGCUAGCGAAGGAAGUAACACAAUUUGAUUCUUGCUGCUAUCUUCACCUUAAAAAAACAAAAUCAAGACUCUAAAAUCCCUUUUACUUCUAACUAAACUUGAAACCGAUUCAGUAAAGAUUCUGAUCAUCAACCUGAUGUAUUAUUAUUUAUGAGUCGGGUCUGAUGAUACAGCUGCUGCCUCCAACAGCGGUGUAACUUUUAAGUUAAGAAAAAAAAAAACUUUUACUUUGUAGAUAAUAUAAAAUAAAACCUAAAAAAAAAAAUAAAAAAAAAAAAAGUUUUAAAAACUGAA